AUGGCACGAAUGACUCUAGAUCAAGGUGCCGAUGUGCAAGCAAAAGACGAUGAUGGCGAAACGCCUUUGUGCGUAGCAUGUCAAUACGGACAUCAUGCAGUAGCUGAAUUGGUGUUGGAACAUGGUGCUGAUGUCAACGAAAAGUACACCCAAGGCUUUACACCUUUACUUGUGGCAUGUAGUCGUGGUUUCUUGCAGCUAGCCCAAUUGCUUUUGGAUCAUGGUGGUAAUAUGGCCGACACUACUGACUCUGGUAAGGCACCAUUACAUGUCGCAUGCCAAAGUGGGCACAUCGAGAUAGCCCAACUGAUUUUGGACUUGGGUGGCGACGUUGCCCAAAAGGAUAGCUCGGGCUGGACGCCAUUACACUUUGCGUGCCACUCUGGUCAUUCGGAGAUAGCUCGACUGCUAUUGGACAGAGGUGGAGAUGUAUUCGCACAGAACGAUGAUGGAUUUACACCAAUUAGUGAAGCACUCGAAAGUGUUGAAGUUACUCGUGCACUGUUGGAUUGGGGUGUUGAUGUGAACGCAAGGAUUGAGAAGAAAUGCACAUUACUUUUUCUUGCGUGCGGCAGUGGUCGUAUUGGAGUUCCUCGAUUGCUACUUGAUAGAGGCGCUGAUGUGAACGCACAAAAUAUUAAUGGAUUGGUGUCCCCACUAGAUACUGCAUGCCUUUCGGGGCAUUUUGAGCUCGCUCGUCUGCUGCUGGAAAGAGGCGCCAAUGUGGGCGCGGCAAGUGCCAAGCCACUGAGCAUUGCAUGUCGUAACAACCAUCUGGAGAUCGUCUGGUUGCUGAUACACCGAAACCCGUGUCUGAUUUUGGAUGGCGCGAGUACAGUGCUACAUCAGAACCAGGAAAGGAUGAAUGAUACGACAGAAUCCGGCGAGUCUGCGAGAAAGAGACAAAAGACAUGA